AUGGAUGGUGUUGCUUUCGUGUCACAAUGUCCCAUUUUACCGGGACAGUCCUUUAACUAUUAUACCUUUAAGCCUCGCUUCAGCGGUACUUACUGGUAUCACUCCCACAUGGGCAACCAGAGAGACAUGGGAUUAUACGGAGCAUUUAUUUGUCUAUUCUUCUCCCUGUGUCUCAUUCUGGUGGUAUCUUACCAAGUAGAAGGAUUUGUCUGUCCAAUUGAUACUCACUGUAUGACGUCACUAAUAGUCAAAAGUGCAUUCACAAUGAUUGAUCCUACUGUAGGGCCUGUUUAUGUACAAAACAGAACAAUCUAUCCGAUAAAAACUGAAUAUCUCGGGAAUGCUUUGAAUUUGACGAACGUUAUAACCGCAGAUGGAUGGAACACAACAAGAAAUCUAAUUACAGUUAAUGGAACCAUGCCAGGACCUCCGAUCUUCCUGUAUCAGAAUCAGACAAUCACCAUCAUAGUAAAAAAUAAUCUGAUAAACGAACCUGUUACGAUUCACUGGCACGGAAUAGAUCAGCUAGGCUGGCCAGCAAUGGAUGGUGUUGCUUUCGUGUCACAAUGUCCCAUUUUACCGGGACAGUCCUUUAACUAUACCUUUAAGCCUCGCUUUAGCGGUACUUACUGGUAUCACUCCCACAUGGGCAACCAGAGAGACAUGGGAUUAUACGGAGCAUUUAUUGUACUGAAAAGAGAGAAUGAAAUACCCAUACCCCAACAAUACAUCAUUCAGCUCAUGGAAUGGAAUCAUUUAUACAAUCCUAUUACUUUGCUCAAAGCAGAACAUAUCGAUACAACAGCCAAUUCCAUACUUAUAAAUGGAAGAGGGGAAUUCGAGGACAACAUGGCACCAUUGGAAACGUUUAAGGUGGACAAAAAGGACAAACAUCUUUUUCGAAUGAUAGGAACAGGAUCUAAUGACACUCUACUCUUCUCUGUUCCCGGAUUACGUCUCAUUGUUAAAGAAACGGACGGAUACGAAUUUGUACAGCAAACAGUUGACAGAAUCAUCAUAUAUCCCGCAGAAAGAUAUGAUUUUGAGCUUGACUUUCAAUAUGCGACUGAGGGAAUUUACAACAUGACCGUGUAUAUCCUUGAAGGUUCGAUAAUGAAAAUUCGUGAAGGUGUUGCUGGACUUGGCCAAAUCCACGUUACCAACAGAGAUUCCUUACAAACAAUUUCGUUAAACAGAACCACUGAAGUUAUCCUUAAUUGUCCAUUUCAAGUGUAUCCCAUGAAUCCAAACUUCACCUGUCUACCAGUCUCUGAACUUAAAUCAAAGACCCCCGGAAAUGGGGUGGAAUUUGAUUCAUUAGGAGUGCAAAGAACAGACGAAACAUAUACUCAUUUUUUAAACUUCGGUUUCCCUCAACAUUCAUCCAUAAACGGUCGAAAAUUUAUUUGGCCUACCGUCUCUGCUCUCUCACAGCCCGCAGAACUGGACACGUCGUGUAAGGGAUGCGAUGCUGAGAAUUCCUGUGAAUGUUCACACUCCCUGGAACUGAAGUCAGGCUCCGAGGUCAUCAUGAUUCUCAGUAAUUUAGGAACCGGUAUGCUUAUCACGCAUCCUGUGCAUAUGCAUGGUCACACGUUUGAAGUUCUAAAAAUAGGAUUUCCUUCUAUUUCCUCCAAUGACGAACUGAUAGCUAAUGACGAUAUCCAAUGUAGUGAGACCAAGCUAAAUAAUGAAAGUCAAUGUAACAAUGCCAGAUGGAGAAACUCGUCCUGGAAUGAUUAUAAGACGAUCCCUGGGAUAAAUCUGGAAGAUCCAGUUCGCAAAGAUACCAUAAUAAGUCCCUAUGGAGGAUACACCAUCAUUAGAAUUCGUGCCACAAAUCCAGGUGUCUGGUUUAUGCAUUGUCACAUCGACCCACACAUGAUUUCAGGGAUGGCGCUUAUGUUAAACGAGUCAUUUGAAAAUAUCAAAGAAUUGCCUGAAGGACUACCGACUUGUCAUAGCUUCAACGAUAAAACCUCUUCGGUAGCGUCCCUCCGAUCUGAAGCUGAAGCUGUCAAUUUUACAAACGAAUCAAACAAUAAUGACAUCACAGUGAUUGUUUUGGGAGUUUUAGUUGGACUUCUUUCUCUCGCCCUUAUUGUGGCCUGUGUCAAACUAAUUAGAAGUCAGGGCCAGCAAGAAACUGGUCAAUCAUUGCAAAUGCAACCAGUGGCCAGUUAA